AUGGAUCAAAAGGGUUCUGAUCCUACUGUUAGUAGCUCCUCCAUUGCCCUUUUGCAGGAGAGAUUCAGGGAGCUGGAGAGAGUGAAGGAGAGGAGAGUUGAAAAGGAGCUUACCGAACAGAAACCGACUACUUUCCGACCUCGAGUGAACUCCACAGCACAUCUUGAUGAUCGCUACAAGCUCUGCUUCCCACCUCAGGUGAAGACGAGGCAGCCUCCCCAAGACUUCUCGCUCUCUCUUGGCCUCAACUCUCAGAGCCACCUGAUUGAUCCAAGGGCCAUGAAAAACCUUACCCAGCUGAGUUCCUCGCCUAAACGACCCCGUGAGAGUUUUGAGAAUUCUGAUGUUGACACUUCUCUUCAUCUCUAA